ACUCUUCUCCGUCUCUUCAAGACGGUUGCACUAAGAUUGUGGAUUUCUCUUCUCUCCGCCGUUAAACCUCUGAUUUGCAUUUCUUUCUCUCUUCUUUACAAGAAGAACCCAUUUUGGGGAAAACAAGUAGUCUUGCUACUCCGUUAAACAUUUUUUGUUUAAAGAUCUCGAUUCAAUAAUAUUGCUCCCCGCCGGGGAAAAAAAGAUCUAAGGAAGAACUAGGAUUGGAGAAUGAAAUUUGCCUUCAGUGUUCAAUUUGGAUCUACUUUGUAGGAGCUAAAAAAAGGAAAAUGUCGAGGCCUAUCAUGCUCGUUUUUCUUCUGGUCAUACUUAUAGUCACCUCUCAAUUUGAAUGGAGGCAACCGCUUCUUGAGCUUGAUGCAGCUCCUAGCUUGUCUCAGAAACAUCAGCAAAUUGCAAAGAGGGAAGAUGCUGUCAAGGAGAAGAUCAUAUUGUCACAAGAGAGACAUAUCCAGAGGCUAAAUGAACUUGUACGAAGUCUUGAAAUGCAGAUCCUGCGAUGCAAAGGAGAGAGCGAGGCACGUAACGCCACUGAAACCUUCCUUCUCAAUAAAGAGUUCAUUGAGCUCGAGAGGAAACACAUUGUGGAAGACUAACACUCCCCUCCCCUCUACAACAAAUCUCUAAUGAAUAAGUAAACACAAAUGGUACGUAACAGCUUUGGAGAAAACGAAGCAGAGAAUUCAUGUUUAAUCAUCUAAGCUCCAACUGUUGUAUUUUAUUUCUGUUGCGGGAAAACCUUGCUGAUGAUUUGAUUAGGAGGAUUGCCUUACUUAUGAAGAAGGUUGAGAUAUUUAAGUGUAAUGAAAUUUGAGAAUUAGGAUAUUAUCCUUGGUUAUUGAUUCUGUUAUGAUCUGACAAUCACACAUCUAUAUGUAUGUGUGUGGUCGUAUACUCGUAUAGUCAAACUUUGUUUUGUUGUUUGAUUUUACUUUGAAAUUAGUGUAACGCAAGUCUUAGAUGACGGUAGCAAUCUUAUGUCAUAUGAAUCUCCCAUUCUAUUUGCAAUUUUGUUUUUACGUUUAAAA